AUGGAGCAGCUCAUCCAAGGCCUCGUUGACAAAGUUAAGGCCUUAGAAGCCAGGGAGACACAGGGACAUCAGGCAAAUCUGGAUAUGAAGAAGGAGUUGCACCAACUUCAGAAAAAAUUAAAAUCUUACGAGGAGAAGGAGUCUAGAGAGAAACCUGCACCAGUUGUGUAUGUGAAAAGUGAGAGGAAAUUUCAAAAAUUCAGGGGACGUCCUGAGAAAGAUACAGAUCCGGAUGUCAACGACUGGAUAACCGAAAUGAGGGAACACAAAUUCUACCAACGGGAUCAAAAAGACAGUGAAACGCUUGAAAAUUACUCGCGUGUACUACUGCAGAUGAUGGAACGAAUCAACAGACGAGUCGACAAGAAAAUGCAAAUUUUGGACAUUAAUAUAACCGAACGUUUCAUAGAUGGAAUCAAAGACAGAACAGUCGGUCAAGAACUUAGAAAGAUCGUAGUUGAAAAAGGACCUAUUCCAUUUCAAGAAUUUCGUUUGGGUAUGUUGAAAUGGGUAGAUGACAACCCCCCGAAAGAGCGAAAAGUGUGUGCUUCAGCAUCAGUGUCAACAGAACGCACAGACGCAUGGAAGGAACUUUUGCAAAAACAACAACUUAUGCUUGAAAAACAACAGGAACAAAUUAACGCAUUACAAAACACACUAGAGAAGGUGAACGAAAAAAAACCAUAUUCUAGCCCGAAUGGACGAGGACGAGGCAAAGGGAACAACAAGGACAUUGUUUGUUAUACGUGUACUGGUAAAGGACACUUUGCUCGUGACUGUCCCAGUCCUCCCAAUAAAAAGAGCAAACCGAAGAGUGACCCAAACGGAAAUCCCCCACAGUAG